AUGCCGAUUCGCCAAGUUCACUCGAUCCCCGCCCACGCAGACCGGAUAUGGAGCGUGGCGCCGCACCCGACCCUUCCGCUGCUCGCCUGCGCGACCUCCGAGAAAUCCGCGCAGAUAUACUCGCUCAACACAUACUUCCCCGUCGCGAACCUCGACGGCAACCAUAAGCGGAGCAUACGUUCUGUCGCAUGGCGGCCAGAGUCCACGGACGAGCCGACGUCGGAGAUCGUGCUUGCGACCGCGAGCUUUGAUGGCACGGUCGGGAUAUGGGUGCGGGACGACGAGCGAUACGCGCAGGAGGAGUGGGAGUUUGUGGCGUCGUUGGAGGGACAUGAGAAUGAGGUCAAGUGCGUGAAUUGGUCGAGUGACGGACGGUAUAUCGCCUCGUGCUCGCGGGAUAAGAGCGUUUGGGUGUGGGAGGCACUCGACGGUAUCGAAGAAAUCGAAUGCAUGGCGGUGCUCCAAGAUCACACACAGGACGUCAAGCACGUGGUCUGGCACUCUUUAGAAGAACUCAUAGCCUCAGCUUCAUACGACGACACCAUCCGUCUCUGGCGCGAAGACGACGGCGAAUUCGUCUGCUCGUCCGAGCUCACAGGCCACCGCUCGACCGUCUGGUGCGUCGACUUUGAAACCCCCCGCCGCGCAGACAGCAACGACGACGAGGACGAGACAAUGAACCGCAGACUGGUAUCCUGCUCCGCCGACGAAACCGUCCGCGUCUGGCGCCGGACCGGCAUCACGGGCGCCCUCACCGGGCGCUAUAUGCCCUCGACGCUCAGAAACGACCCCGUGUCCGAGACAUGGCAGCAAGAAGCCAUCCUACCCUCUCGCCACUCGGGCCCGAUAUACUCUGUAAGCUGGAGCGCGCGCAGCGGACGCAUAGUCUCUGCUGGCGCGGACGGCUUGCUCGUGGUAUAUCAGGAGACAAAACCCGGCGAGUGGGAGGUCAUUGCCGAGGAGGAGGACGCGCAUUCGGUGUUUGAGAUUAAUACCUGUGUGUGGAAGGAGGAGAUCAUCAUCACGGGCGGAGACGAUGGGAAUAUAAAUAUCUGGCAGGUCACCGCUUGA